AUGUCUCCCCAGAGGGAAGGUAUUAUCACAGAGGAAGACCGCAGACUGGGCCGGCUACGGAACCGCCACAACCGUUAUCCACCCCUCAAUAUGUUCGCCCACUGGAUUCUGGAGUACACCUGGUUUUCAUAUAUCAUUGUCUUCCUCAUAUUUCUGAACACAGUUGUGUUGGGCAUCCAAACAGAAAUCACAGACAACAUGGACCCAGACUUGGAGGUCCUGAAACUGGUUCUGGACACGCUGGAUGCAUUUACAUUAGUUGUUUUUCUUUUGGAGAUUUUACUCAAAUGGGUAGACGACUUUACCGGGUUUUGGAAAAGCGCCUGGAACAUCUUUGAUUUGGUAGUAACCGUUUUGUCCUUCCUGUCUGAGAUCUUGCAGGCCUUCCAAGGUACAGACCCAGGGACCCUGGAGGUUGUUGGUUUCUUGCGCAAGUUUCGUUUCCUCCGCAGUCUGAAGAUGGUUUCCAAAUUUAGACAGCUUCAAAUUCUGUUCUUGACUGUGUCCAAAGCAUUUAAGGCUAUGACCUUCGUCUUCCUGCUUCUCCUGGUGUUGUUCUUCAUUUUUGCCCUGAUGGGCGUUCACAUAUUCCACAGUUAUUAUCACUCCAAGGUGGAGGGGCUGGUCUACAGAGGAAGUUUCAAAGACAUGACAUCUGCCUUCAUCACCCUCUUCAUCCUCUUUACGGCAGAUCACUGGUAUCCACUAUUGGCUGAGACAUGGAAAGUUCCAGAACUGAACCAAGCGAUCUGCAGCAUUUUCAUUGUCGUCUGGCUGCUCAUUGGCGCCUUUAUCUUUCGCAACAUUUUUAUUGGCAUUUUGGUGAACAACUUCCAGGCCAUUAGGGGCAGUAUUUCCAAGUUAAGGCAUCAGCGAGAAAUUGAGACAAAAGCUCGCAUCUUUAAAGCAGAAAUCGAGCACAAUCACACCUCCUGUCUAUCUGAGCAUGACCUGGAGGAAGAUUGCCCAGUGUCCAGUUCCUUCAGCAGUCACCUGAUGAGAGGAGAGGUGGACUGGGAGACGUAUGUGGAGGAGAAUUUGCGGGUGAUACGAGAAAAAGAGGAGACUGAAAGAGUGAGUUGGCCUAAAGACUCACUCUUCAGAUACUUUGAGGUGCUUGAAAUGCUUCAGCGUAACCUGGGGGAGAGGAAUCAGCUGCAGAAUUUAACAGUCAUGUGUCAGUCAUCCUGA